AUGGCAUCUGUCUCUAAUAUAAACGAGGGCAAGAAGCGCACCCUCCUCGAGGCCAUAGCCUCUGAUGAGCCUACGUUAUGGCUCGAGCUCGCGGAUGGCGGGGAUCGCAUCCCAGCCCACCGCGACCUCCUUUCGCUGGCGUGCAGCUGCGUCAAGGGCUUGCCGCCAGGCGACAUAUGGUGCCUGAAAGGCCUGACAGUGGAGGGCAGCCCUGUGUCGCGCGCUGUGGUGGUCGCCUGGAUCCAGGUGGUGUACGGUCUCUCGCCCGCCGCGUACGACUGUGAUGGCGGCGGCAGUGACGGCAGCGGCGACGGAAGCGGUGGAGGCGCGGAGCAGCAUGCGGACGCCAUCUGCCUGCUGCUCUUCGCCGACGCCGUCGGCUCCAACAGCCGAGUCAUGCGCGGGUGCUUCAGUGCGCAAUUCGACAGCAUUCACGUGGAUCUGGGCGGGGAGCGUGUGGAGCUGCAGCUUGACGGGAGGGGAUACUUUGUGCUCGAUAAAUCAAGUCUCGUGGAAUCAACAAUGACAGGUGACCGCCAGAUGCCGCUGUCGGCUUCUGCUUUGGCGGCGGUGCAAGAGGUGGGGCCCAAGGCGGCCGCGCAGCUGGAGCCCAUCCUGUACCUGGCAUAUCACCUGGGGCUUGAGGAGCUUCAGGAGAAGCUGCACGCCGUCAUGUUUGGGAACGCACUGUUUAGCAAUUCCAUUUUCUCCGAAGACGUUGUCCCCUCCAUCCUUACCGACCGCGUGAUGGCGGCGGCCCCCAAGGCACAGCUGCGCGACGCUUGGUGGGAGCACAUCACCAGCCAGGCAUGCCUUGCAGUCUCGCACACUGAACUGUUCGGGCAUCUGAAAGCAGAGGACAGCAGUCCAAUAUUGACUGAGGUUGUGCUGGGGAUGCCGCUGCUGGGGACGCCAGCAGGCACCAAGGUGCUGCUUAGGAUAGACCUUAGGGAUGGCACCAUCAAGAGAGGACUCACCGGACCCACAUUCCUCAGCUGCAGCCUUGUGGUUGGAAACGUGUAG